AUGUUUAUGCCAAGAGCCCUGAAAGUAAAGAGACCUGCCCAGGUCUCAGGCCAGGUUUUUAAUAAGAAAAGCAAGGUGGGUCAGCAGGAGAAAAAAGAUGAAGGCAGUUCAGUGACACCUGUUCAGAAGGAGGAAGCAUGUGAAGACACCAAACCACAGGAUGAGAUAAUACAAGCAAGUGGAGAGUCAACAGGUUUGACAGAGAGCUCAGUGCAAGAAGAUGGACAUACGUCUGCCUCAAGUGAUACGGAGGAUGAGGAUGAGGAGGAGGAACCUGUCAAAUCAUUCAAAAAGAGCCAGAGAUGGCCAGAGCCAGGAGAGCCUGUCUGUGUGAUGUGUGGUCGCUAUGGGGAGUACAUCUGUGACAGCACUGACAAUGAUGUUUGCAGUCUUGAGUGCAAAGCUAAACAUUUGGCCCAAAUGGGGAUGGGGACUGGGGCAGAUGUGUUCAACCGUAAAGACAAAAAUGGAGAUGAAAGGACUCAACCUCAACAGCCAGCAGUUGACAUUGGUGGAGUGGGUGAAAGGGAGACAGGCUAUUCCUACAGGGACGAUCGGUUCAUAUCAGGCCUAACCGAUGAGCAGGUGCAGAGGAUUAAACGGGAGCUGGGCAUUGAAACCCAGGGGAGAGAUGUCAGGAGACCCAUCAUUGAGUUUGAACACUGUGGAUUUCCUGCCACGCUUAGUGGCAACCUGAAAAAGGCUGGCUAUGAGGCGCCCACGCCGGUCCAGAUGCAAAUGGUCCCUGUUGGUCUUAGCGGCAGGGAUGUGAUUGCCAGCGCUGACACAGGCUCCGGGAAGACUGUAGCCUUCCUGCUGCCAGUGGUAGUGAGGGCAAUAGAGAAACCAGCACACAGUGCGAGUAGCCCUGUGGCUCUCAUCCUGACUCCCACCAGGGAGCUGGCCAUCCAGAUAGAGAGACAGGCCAAAGAGUUGCUGAUGGGCCUCCCCAACAUGAGAACCGCGCUGCUGGUGGGCGGCAUGCCUCUUCCCCAACAACUCCACCGCCUCAAAAGCAGCAUCAAAAUUAUCAUAGCCACCCCUGGGCGACUCAUUGAGAUCCUGAAGCAGAAGGCAGUGCAGCUGGACAAAGUGAAGGUUGUGGUGGUUGAUGAGGUCGACACUAUGUUGAAGAUGGGCUUCCAGCAACAGGUGCUGGAGGUUUUGGAGCAAGUCCCAGAAGAUCACCAAACUCUGCUGGCGUCAGCCACCAUCCCAACAGGGACGGAGGAGCUGGCUGGCCGAUUGGUUCGUGACCCUGUUCGCAUUGCUAUUGGAGAGAAGAACCAGCCCUGUGCCAAUGUGAGGCAGAUCUUGCUAUGGGUAGAGGAACCCUCCAAGAAGAAGAAGCUGUUUGAGAUUCUCAAUGACAGUAAGCUGUACCAGCCUCCAGUGGUGGUGUUUGUAGACUGUAAACUGGGGGCCGAUCUACUGUGCGAGGCGGUCGCCAAGGUGACAGGCUUCAAGACUGUGGCAAUCCACUCUGACAAGAGCCAGUGGGAACGCAACCGCAUCCUCCGGGGUCUUCUGGAUGGAGACUUUGAAGUGGUGAUCAGUACAGGUGUGCUAGGCAGAGGACUGGACCUAGUCAACGUCAGAUUGGUGGUUAACUUUGACAUGCCAAACACAAUGGACGAGUAUGUCCAUCAGAUGGGCAGGGCAGGUCGGCUGGGACACCGAGGAACAGCCAUCACCUUUCUCAACAACAACAACAAACGGCUGUUCCUGGAGGUGGUGAAGCGGGUCAAACCCACAGGGUCCAUCCUGCCCCCUCAGCUCCUUAAUUCACCCCACCUCCAUGAGCAGCAGAGGAGGGAGAGACAAAAGGCCAGACAAGGGUCUGAUGACACGCUGGUCACUAAGAACAACCUCAUAGACAUCAUAAGGAAACACGACCGGCGCAAGAAAUAGUCUGUUCUCCCAAUCAUUCCUGCAAUAGUGCUGAAUUUUUAUUUGGUAAAUGUUUAUUUUGUAUAUUGUUUAUUGAAAAAAAAUUGUUUUGACAUAUUCUGAAUAAAUGGCUUGUGUAAUGUAAGACAA